CCCAGUGAGAAGGGGUACAGCUUGACUGGGACUGGUGCGUUCCUCAUCAUGCCAGCUUUCUGCCGGCACAGGUGUAGACUUCUGCGAAUCCUCACAGUCCUCCGUCGACUGAAAACGCUUCGACAAAACACGGCAGAAACCGCCCGCGAGGCAGCAUGGCCUGGUGCAGAUCUCUGCUGCAAAGUGCGCAAGAAGCCCACUCGGCGGUCCUAUACCAUCUACCGCAACGCUCCCGAGGGGGAGGGAGACUGCCGUUUGGAGGGGCUACAGGUGAAGGUGGCGGAAGCCCAGGGGCACGAGGGGAGCAUGGCCAGCGAGAGGCCUGUGAGGCCCGCCUGUUGCCCAUGGCAGGAUCGCUGGAAGGCUGGAUCCUAUAUGGUGCUUGUGGGCCUCCUGGUCUUCAUUGUAGCCUUCCUCCUGGGGUACAUCUCCUCCCGGGGGGGCUGCGGAGGCUGUGGAGACCUCCUAACUGUGGUGAGUGACGAACGCCCGUCCGGGAUGGAGGAGGACCCGGGAGGAGCUCCCUUGUACUGGGCUGACCUGCGGGAGUUGUUCCAGAAGCACCUCAACCGGGAGAAGAUUGAAGUGACGAUCCGAAGAAUUAGUGAGGCCCCCCACCCUCCUGGCUCGCCCCGUCUGGAUGUCCUCUCCAGCCUCAUCCUCAGCUCCUUCGCUUCGUACGGUCUGGACCACAGCUGGACCGACAGCCACUAUGUGGGGCUUCAGAAGCCCAGCCGGUCCAAGGUGAAUUUCCUCCACCGGGUGGCUGCUGAUGGGGCUGUGUUGGAGAAAUUGUCCCUGGAGGACCCAGAGGUCUACUGUCCCUACAGCGCCGCCGGCAUCGUCACGGGUGGCCUGGUCUUUGCCAACUACGGACGCCGAGAGGACUUUACUGUUCUGAGGCAGCGUGGCGUUGACCCCCAGGGUCAGCUGGUCAUUGUUCGUGUGGGGAAAAUCAGCUAUGCCGAGAAGGUAGCCAAUGCAGAGUCUUUCCGGGCCAUCGGGGUCCUCCUCUAUCCAGACUCCUUCGACAUCCCCCAAGAUCCUCGCAAACUGGGGCUGCUCCAGAAUACGAGCAUCUACGGACAUGUUCACAUGGGGGCUGGAGAUCCCUACAGCCCUGGAUUCCCUUCCUUCAACCACACACAGUUCCCUCCAGUACAGUCCUCUGGCCUCCCCAAAAUCCCAGCACACCCCAUCAGUGCUAAUGUGGCUGCACACCUGCUCAGACAGCUGACCGGUCCCAUUGGCCCCAGUGAUUGGAUUGGACGCCUUCCCGACGUCCCCUAUGCGCUCGGCCCAGGGGAUCCUGCUUUCCGGUUGCAGCUGGGAGUCCACAAUGUAAAGCAGUCUGUCAUGAUCAGCAACAUUUUUGGGUGCAUCGAGGGCAGAUUUGAACCAGAUCAUUAUCUCAUUGUGGGGGCUCAGAGAGACUCCCUGGGACCGGGGGCUGCCCGUUCUGGUGUGGGCACGGCCAUUCUUUUGGAACUAGCCCGUACCUUUGCUGCCAUGGUUCGGAAUGGGUUCCAGCUGCGAAGAAGCCUGCUCUUUGUGAGUUGGGAUGCGGGCGAUUUUGGCAGCGUGGGCUCCACUGAAUGGCUGGAGGGAUAUCUCACCAUGUUGCACCUGAAGGCCGCCGCCUACAUCAGUCUGGACAACGCAGUCCUAGGAGAUGACAAGUUCUUUGCCAAGACCAGCCCCGCGCUGAGCAGCCUCAUUGAGAGCAUCAUCAAACAGGUUGACAGUCCAAACCGCAGUGACCAAAGCAUCUUUGACCAAGUGGUGGAACACGGCCAGCAGUGGCAGAAUGAGGUAAUCCGUCCUCUCCCCAUGGACAGCAGUGCCUUCGCCUUCACCGCAUUUGGGGGGGUCCCUGCUGUGGAAUUCUCCUUCGCAGAAGAGUCCCGUCCCUACCCCUUCCUGAACACCAUGGCUGACACCUACGAUAACCUAAACCGAGCUCUCCAUGGGCGCCUCCCUGCUGUCGCCAAAACUGUGGCUGAGGUUGUGGGUCACCUGCUGAUGAAACUGACCCACGACCACCUCUUGCCUCUUGACUACGGAUGCUACGGAGAUGUCCUCUUGCAGCACGUCGCCCGCUUCAAUGAAUACACGGCACUGCUGAAGAGCCGCGGUCUGACCCUUCAGUGGAUUUACUCAGCCCGAGGAGAUUACGUGCGGGCGGCCGAGAAACUGCGCAAGGACAUCUACAGCUCCGAGGAACAUAACGAAAGGCUCUUGCGCAUGUACAAUGUCCGCAUUAUGCGGGUGGAGUUCUACUUCCUCUCUCAGUACGUGGCGGUCACAGAAACCCCUUUUCGGCAUAUCCUGCACGGCCGGGGGCCCCACACAAUUGCGGCCCUGUUAGAGCAUGUCAGCCUGUUGCGAGAAGCACCGGAGAACUUCGACGAAGUCCUCUUCCGGCGCCAGCUGGCCCUCGUCACCUGGACGCUGCAGGGGGCAGCCAACGCCCUGGGCGGGGAUGUCUGGGACAUUGAUACCAACUUUUGAUUCCAGCCAGAUACAGAGUGGAAUCCCCAUCCCUAUCAGAGCUGGAGUGAUUUUCGGAAUUGAAACUUGUUCAGAAUUUCAAAUUGUCAGUACUUCAUCCCAACUGAACUUCCUAGUCUCUGCCAGCUGCCGUCACUGGCCGUGUGGCAGAUCCGUUCCGUUUGGGAAAGGGAGGCCUUGAAAUCCUGGCAAGUAAAUUCCACAAUUUGGUCUCAUCAUUUCAGCACUGAUCCCACCCCCACCCCCCUCCUUAUUGUCUUUCCCUUCCCAGUUUUAAUUUAUCAGUGGCAGGGGUCACUAUAAAUUAUUCACGUAUUGCUAUGCAAUAGGAUAGGAGGCUGGGGUUGUAGUCCCCCCUCCCCCCUCUUAAUUCCCCCUUUCCAAAUUUCCUUUCCCCCUAAUUUAUCAGCUGCAGAGCCUGCUAUAAAUUGGAUUGAUUUAUUGCUAUGUAAUAGGGCAUAAUCCUGUGCUUACCUUUUCGUUUUGCAGCUGUCUUAAUUGUUCCCCUCACCUUCUGACAUGUUCAUGAUACCAUUGUUAAACCCCCAACUCCUCCGCUUAAUGAUUUAUCAGUGACAGAGAUCACUAUAAAUGUUUAUUGCUAUGUGAUAGAAUGAAAUACCACCCUACCUCGUCAAUGGUAACUGGAAAACUUGUUAAUUUAUCAGUGGCAGAGAUCGCUAUAAAUUAUUUCUUAUUAA